AUGCCUAGGGUUGGCCUCCUGUGUAAGAUGGCGACUCUCACAACCGCUCUUGCCGCUGCUGUCUUUCUUCUGUUGACUCUCAACACUCCCGCCACUGCAAAGAAAGGUCCCCGCGUCACGGAGGUGGUGUUCUUUGACAUGGAGCAAGGCGGAGAGGAUCUUGGGAGAAUUGAAAUAGGACUCUUCGGAGACAGCGUCAACAAGACCGUCACCAACUUCAGGGAGCUGGCCAAGAGGGACAAGAAUGGCUACAAGGGGAGCGCAUUUCAUCGAGUCAUUAAAGGUUUCAUGAUACAAGGUGGCGACUUCACUAAAGGAGAUGGGACUGGAGGAGAGAGCAUAUACGGACCUCGCUUUGCCGAUGAGAAUUUCAAGCACAAGCACCUGGCACCUGGGUAUCUGAGCAUGGCUAAUGCAGGCAAAGAUACGAAUGGGUCUCAGUUUUUCCUCACUGUCGCCAAAACUCCAUGGCUGGACGGACGACAUGUUGUGUUUGGAAUGGUUCUGGAAGGAAUGGAUGUGGUCACUACAAUAGAGAACACUCCAACAGGUCCUCAAGACAGACCCAAGACAGCUGUCACCAUCAAGGACUGCGGUACCCUUCCCCUCGACAAGCCAUUCAAUAUAGAAACCUGAGAGAUCGCAACUAACAGCAAUCAGUGUACCAUUAAAAACUAUUGCAACCAAAAAACUGUACAAGUUGCACUGCAAUUUUGAGAU